GCUGACGUCACAAGGCACCCAGCUCGGCGCCCCGCGGUGCGCGCCCCGUGUCGGACCCGCCGCCCUCUCGGCGCCGACACCCCGACGCGCCCGCGCGUGCCCGUGCCCGCCUGCCAGCGCCGCUGAAGAUGGCGAGCCCGGCGCGUCCGGAGCCCGCCGAGGAAGGAUGCCCGGCGCGGGCUGCCGGGGAGCAGGAGCCGCCGCCCCGGGCUCCCCCCGGGGAGCGGGGGGAGGAAGCGCCGGAGGAAGGGGCGGCGGCGGCCGCGGGGCGGCAGGUGGAGGAGGCCGCCGGCGAGGUGGCCGCCGCGGUGACCUGGCUGCUGGGGGAGCCCGGGCUGUGGCUGGGCUGCUGCGCCAAGGAGCUCCUGAGCUGGAAGAGGCCGCUGCGCACCUUGCUCGGCUUUGCCGGGGCCAACCUGCUGUUCUGGUUCCUUGCAUUGACUCCAUGGAGAGUGUAUCACCUGAUUGCCGUCUCGAUACUUGGGCGAGUUAUUAUGCAAAUCAUAAAGGAUAUGGUUUUGUCUAGAAAGAGAGGUGCACAGCUGUGGAGAAGCCUCAGUGAAAGCUGGGAAGUUAUCACUUCCAAACCAGAUGAAAAACCCAGGCUCAGCCACUGUAUUGCAGAAUCCUGGAUGAAUUUCAGCAUAUUUCUUCAAGAAAUGUCUCUUUUCAAACAGCAGAGCCCUGGCAAGUUUUGCCUCCUGGUCUGCAGUGUGUGCACGUUUUUUAUGAUCUUGGGAAGUUACAUUCCUGGGGUUAUACUCAGCUAUCUACUCUUACUGUGUGCAUUUUUGUGUCCACUGUUUAAGUGUAAUGAUAUGGGACAAAAACUAUACAGCAAAAUCAAGUCAGUUCUGCUGAAACUAGAUUUUGGAAUUGGAGAAUAUAUUAACCAGAAAAAACGUGAGAGAUCUGAAGCAGACAAAGAAAAAAGUCACAAAGAUGACAGUGAAUUAGACUUUUCAGCUCUUUGUCCUAAGAUUAGCCUCACGGUGGCUGCCAAAGAGUUGUCUGUGUCUGACACAGACGUAUCCGAGGUGUCCUGGACUGACAAUGGGACCUUCAACCUUUCAGAAGGAUACACUCCACAGACAGACACUUCUGACGAUCUUGACCGACCUAGUGAGGAAGUUUUCUCUCGAGGCCUUUCAGAUUUUCCAUCUCUAGAAAAUGGCAUGGGAACAAACGAUGAAGAUGAAUUAAGCCUCGGCUUGCCCACUGAGCUCAAGAGAAAAAAGGAACAGUUGGACAGCGGCCUCAGACCCAGCAAAGAGAGGCAGUCACCAGCUGGUCUCACCCUUCCUCUGAGCAGUGACCAAACCUUUCACCUGAUGAGCAACCUGGCUGGGGACGUCAUCACAGCUGCAGUGACUGCUGCCAUCAAAGACCAGUUGGAGGGCACGCAGCAAGCCCUUUCUCAGGCUGCACCCAGCCUGGGAGAGGACACAGACACUGAAGAAGGGGAUGACUUUGAACUCCUUGACCAGUCAGAGCUCGAUCAAAUUGAGAGUGAAUUGGGACUUUCAGAAGACCAGGAAGCAGAAGCACAGCAAACUAAGAAGUCUUCAGGCUUCCUUUCAAAUCUACUUGGAGGCCACUAGUCUGGAAUCAGCUUAUAUGACAGAGCACAGAUAAACUACCAAAAAAUUUCAAACAAGCAAAAAAAAAAAAAAAAUGUUUUUGAACUGUGAGCUUUACUCAUUGCUUUAGAUUAUUUUGUCUUAUUUUCCCUUCUGCAGUGAAUUAAUUGGAUAUAUAUCAGCUGACACUGAUAGAUUGAUAUAUCUGAUAGUUAUUUUUAUGUAAUUAGCAUGGAAAUGAAAAUAUAUAUAUAUAUACAAUUGACCCUUGAACAAAUGGGUUUGAACUGUGCGGGAUUAUUUCAAUAAAUACUAUAAAUGUAUUUUCUCUUCCUUAUGAUUUUCUUAGACAUUUUGUUUUUCUAGCUGACUUUCUUGUGAGAAUACAGUAUAUAAUACAUAAACAAAAUGUGUUAAUCAACUGUUUGUGUUAUCAGUAAGGCUUCCAUCAGUGGUAGGCUAUUAAUAGUUAUGUUUUUGGGGAAGUCAAAGAUAUACACAGAUUUUUGACUGUGCAGUGGGUCGGUGCCCCUAACCCCCGCAUUGUUCAAGGGUCAACUUGACAUGUGUGUGUAUAUGUAUGUAUAUGUGUGUAUACAUACAUAUAUACACACAUUACAUACAUACUGUGUUUUCAGAGAUGAAUAUUAGGGGUUAUAUUUAAAGCAAAAAGAAAACAUGAAAUUAUUGCAAUCCUUCCAUAAGUACUCCUUACUUUUCCUUUACAAUUAUUUUUUCUUUACAAUUAAUUUUUUAAGCAUGCAAAAACAGUUUAUUCUAAUUCACUGAAUCAUUAAUAACUAAUUGGGAAUACAUGUUAUAUCUACCCCUUUGUUCCUAAUACUGGGAAACAGAGAAAUAUUUUUGGUGGAUUUUGUUGUAAAAAGGUAAAAAUUAUUGAGGCAUCUUUAGUUGAAGAUUUGGAAAAUAAUAUCAAAAUUAAUUUCCUAGGAAAAAUUCUUAAAAUGUAUUUAACUCCUUUGGAUAGGCUGGUACAUUUCCAUUGUUAUUCCUGCAGUUGUAGAUUUAGGCUUACUUGUAAACGGCAUGCUCCAUUGACUGUCAGCUCUAGUCCCGCAAUGGGUGAUAUUAACCCAUAGGAAGCAAGUAAUUAUGUAUCACGUAUACCGUUGUAAACAGAUAUUGGGCUAUGUUUUGUGGUUCAAUUAUCAUAUAUUUGUAAUAGGAAUAUCAUGAGUGCAGAGUUAUUCUGCCUGCUCAGAUCUAGGUAAAGCCCUCAUCUUUGAUAUAGUAUCAUGGG